UCUUAUUUCUUUGAAAUGGAGGACAAUGCCUUGACGCAGCAAAUUGCCACCAUGAGGCAAUCUCUUUUCAAUGAGGGAACUCUAGACUCAAACUUUGAUAAUAUGGAGGAACUUCAAGGCCCUGAUAACCCAAACUUUGUAGAGGAGGUAAUUAGUGUGUUCUUCACACGGUCAUCGAACAAUAUAAAUAAUAUAGAGCAGCAACUCGAGAACAGCCCUGUUAAUUUCGCAGCAAUCGAAAGAGUGGUCCAUCAGCUAAGGGGAGGAGGCGCCGGCAUAGGGGCCCCAAAAGUCAGGGACAAGGCGGCUGCAUUGUUGAACAACUGCAUGGCAUGUAAUGUGGAAGGUUGCAAGGCCUCUCUCGAAGAGCUGAAGCUAGAGAUGGAGACUCUCAAAGGAAAGCUUCAGCCUUAUUUUCAGCUGGUAAGGGAAGCCCGCCCUGCCAAUGGAGCAGUGCCUCCACAGUGAAGUUAUCAAUUGAAGUAGAAAGGGUGACAAGUUGGUGGGCAUACAGCACGAGUUGAUAUGCAAAAUCCUCUAUUUUUAUCUCUAAAUUAGCAGAAUAAACUCCCAUGGGAUGCUGUUUCUUUUUGUGCUUCUGGUUUUCCCUUUUUGCUUGGUUCUCUAUGAAAAAUUAGACUUGUCAUUUGCUUAUCUCUUUUCAAUAAUUAAUUAAGGGGUUGUUUUCUUUCAUGCGACUCCUCUUAAUUGCUUUCAAUAAUGUGUAGUCCUACAUUUAUUUAUCAUAAAAUAAACAAAUUGACUAGAAAUAAUAUAAAUUUUUUGUCUAA